AUGGAACCAGCCACGUUGAGGCCCGUACUGGACCGUGUGGAGCAGUAUCGUCAUUACGGAUUGGACUGUGGUGAUUUCAUCCGUUUUGAUGCCGGAUCUUGGGUCCCUGGGGGCGAGCAUAUACGCCAGCUCACUGUGCGCAAUGUGUCCCAGCGCACUAUUAAGUUUAAGUACGAGCUGCCACGCACAAAAUUCUUUAGCAUGGAUUUUCCGACUCUGAUAACACUUAGUCCGGGUAUGUCCACGGUCCUUGAGGUGGCUUUUCGACCCGUGAAGCUUGAAGAAUACGAUGAUUUUGUGGGCUUCUAUGUGCAAGUGAUCGAAGGCGGCGUAGCUGCAGUCACUGGACGAUUUCGGGUGCCAGUAGCGGCACGAAUUGCGGCACUUAAAAUUGACCUUCCUCAACAUUUGGACUUUGGCUUUUGUCCCACGAAAGAGACCACACUUCAGAGCUUUACUUUGCACAAUUGCGGACAGAUUGACGCUCUGUUUCACUGGACAGUGCCAGCAGUGGGGGAACAUGGCAGUCCUUUUGCAAUCCAGCCUGAGUCUGGACGUAUUCAGGCGGGGGAGAGACUUCAGCUAACGGCAAGUUUUUUUCCUACAGUCGCUUCUGUGUACGUCAAUGUUACGUCUUGUGUAGUCAAGUCAGACACCUCAGAGUCAAAUCCGACAGCACAUGCGCGCUUAGAGACGAUGAAGGUCAGCGGCAUCAGCAAAUUUACGCAUUUGUCGGCCUCAGUAACAGAGCUUAACUUUGGAGAAGUACUGGUUGGUGCUCCUAACACAAGUCGUGCACCAACAGAAAAGGAAUUCAUUUUGCGCAAUCGCUCACUAGUGCGAGCCAGCUAUAACAUUCAACGGCUUGAAACAGAUCAUGACCCUACUUUCUUCUUCACCCCUCUUAGUGGAGUGGCGGACGCUGAGUCAACAGUUACGAUUAGGGUACGCUACGCUCCGCUGAGUGCUGGUACCUUUACAUGCGAUCACUUUGACGUCUUGACACCCGGUGGUAAUCGUGUCCGUAUCACGUGCAAGGGACGUGCUAUUGGCCCAAUGUUAAGCGUCUAUCGAAAAACUUUAGAAUCAAAUUUCGUUCCUACAACGUCAGUGAAUUUUCACGACGUUUCUGUGGGUGCUAAUGCAGAAUCACGAGUUCUCACAUUGCGAAAUGCGUCAGCUGUUGAGCUUGCCUUUCAUUUCGACUGUCAAUCACAAGGUGUGUUCUGUUUCGACCAAAUUGCAGGGAAGGUCCCAUCUCUCUCAGACUUAAAUAUCACCAUAACCUUUUCGCCACCCAACUCUGGAAAUUUUUACCGCAGAAUUUUUUUGCUGGUACACAAUCAAAGUACGCAGUUUGUGGACGUCCUAGGGACCGGAUAUGACGAAAAAAUGCGUCCUUCUCCUUUCGAACAAGCUCAUGUUGAUGCUUAUCGUUUUCGUGCUGCAGCUGGUCUUGGGCGUCUCUCACCGGAUCAAUUGGAAACUUACCGCGAAAAAAAUGGUGAUGCCAUGUUUCUUAAAGGUGCAUUGCAGCGUUUCCAAUCUGAAGAAAUGCGAGUCACAAAUGAUACAGACUCAACAGUAUCCCAAAUUCCUUCACCUGGUCAAAUCCUUACUCGUAGUGGAGAGGCUUUGUUGGCCGAGGUCGACAUUUGUAGGGAAUACUUUAUCAGCAUAGAGGAUGACGCGAACGCGGUAUUUGUACGAAGUGCCUUCUUCGACUUUGAAAGUUGCAGCAUCGUCCAGAUGCCCUCGAAAAAGCUUCUUUUUGUGACAAACAAUACGCGCAGCAAAGUUACGUGUUCGUGGCAUAUAGCGGUGACAACAGGACUCUCCGACCCGUCCGCGUUUCAAGUUUUUCCAUCCAGUAGUGACAUUGCCACAGGCGCAACUGUCGAGUUUCGCGUUGUGUUCCAACCAUCCCGGAUUAACACAUACUAUUUCGCCGAGUUUGAAGCAUUUGUUUCAUUCAAAUCCAACCGCACUUUUCGACUUGUCAAUGUGGAUACAUUUACGCCACCUUGGAGUUUAAUAGUGAAGGCAUGCGGUAACACAUUCUCGUCUUUAACCGAGCAGUUUUUACCGCAAGUCAACUUUAAACUUGUGGGGAAGAAGGUUCAUUUUCCACCUUGCUACCUCGGCGAUAGUGUGUUCCAGACAGUGAUGAUAGAGAAUUCGAGUGAUACUUCAGCUCUCUAUCAUUUUGUUGAAGACCCAUCUGGAACUUUUUCGUGUAAACCAAUCGGCGGUUUCAUUGAACCAAACUCAUUUCACCUUGUGGCAAUACGAUUCACGCCGUGCAACGCACAAAAGUACUCGUGCUUUCUGAAGUGUGUCGUAAAUAAUAAUAAAGAGAAGCCACAUCUGUUAGAGUUGAGCGCGAUUUGUGCUCUGCCUCAAUUAAGUUUUCAGGACAUCGAAGCUGGUCAACUCCUUCCUUUCGAGGCUAAAGUUUAUUUGAAACCAACUUCCAUUGGUCUACAAUCCGUCAGACAGAUUCAAUUAGUCAAUACCUCACGUGUUCCACUUGUAUACCGAUGCGAACUACCUCCAAAGCACCACAAUGUCUUUCGAGUCAAUCCUAAGCUUGGAAGACUCAACGGGAGAGAAUCGGCGAUGAUCGAUUGCGUCUUUACUCCAGAUGAAAUUCGCGAGUACGUCUGUCGAAUCAUAGUGGCCGUAAAAUCGAUUAGUGUUCCGCUGCUGGAAAGUAAAAGCUUCAAGUCAAAGAUCCCGAUACUUCAGGAACUUACGAUUCGAGUUCAAACAAAGGGUACGACUGGUGCAAUUCUUUUCCAGCCAGAAACGCUAAAAUUUGAGACGAUUCUCGUCAACUCAAGCUCUAAACAAAUGUUUUUUAUCGAAAAUACUGCUGAUUGCGAUCUCAAAUACUCUCUACAGCAAGACAUUGUUGCUGGGCAACAGCGCGAGAUGAACGAAGUGGUAACUUCCGAAGAAAAGAAGACUCUGCCUCGCUCUGGUAAAUUAGUUUUUUCACAUGCAGAAGGCUAUAUCCCGGCACAGUCACGAAAAAAGAUAACAGCAGUAUUCUCCUCGACAUCAGCAGGACUAUAUACAUUUAAGGUACUAUGCGUUGUCGGCAAUCAAACAGCAAACUCUUCAUACUAUUCAUGGGAUUCCGACAAGCUAAAGCAAGCAACAUGUAUCAUUCAAGCUGAGGCUUCUUUUCCGACUGUUGAAAUUCAAGAUUUGCGCGUACCUGGAUUGUCAACACAGCUUGCAUGGCACCAAUUUCAGUGUAAUGAGAUAAACGAGUACCUUGCAGCUUCACCUACAAAACAGGAGUUGAGUCACGCCACGGCAAUAAAUGAGUCAACUUAUCCAGAGUGCGACGAGUUCGACGAUGAGAUAUCCAUCAAGCGGUUUGCUCUUCCGUUCUCACCUGCUCCACUGGGUAAUCGUACAGAGAAGGUCUUUAUGAUGCUUAAAAAUCCAGGAAGUCUCAUAGUACAAUAUCGUUUACGCUUACCGAACGAAGGCACUGUGGAAAUGGAACAUUGGGCUGAAACAGGAGCUCCAUCGGCAGCAGAUGUACGCUUGAACGGGAUUAUCAGUAGUAAAGUGUUUGACUUCUUCCCUCGUCAUGCGACAUUACUGCCACACCAAAGCAUUCUGUUGACUCUGUCGUACUCAUAUAAUUCGGAAGCAUUUGAUGGAGAGCACAAUCUCCCACUCUUCUUAGAAGUUGAAAAGGGUAAAACAGUGGUGCUAGAGUUACAGGGGCAGACGCUUGCCCACAAAUAUCCUAAGCUCUACUUACCGACGCAAGUGUUCUACCUCUCUCCUGUCACAAUUGGCGAAUUUCGGCAAAACUUCAUGCCGCGUUGCCACGAACAGGACAAAUUGGCUCAAAUCUGUAUAAACAAACCGCCAAUUCAGCAGCUUGAAGUUUUCAACCGUGGCGAAAGCGCGAUGCGUUUGGAGGUUGGCAAGGCUUCGUUUAGCCGAGUCAAUACAGCAAACUAUGGAUAUCGCGUGCUUGCCUGUGAAAGCCAGUCGCGAAUAAUUCCGGCCAGAAGUUCUAUCUUUCUUAAUAUUGAGUUCAAUCCGAUCAAGGUGGGCACAAUUCAAGCGCCGUUGCUGUUUAAAGCUUGUGGAUUGAUGGGUAAGGGGUACAGCGAGAUAAGUGAAGUCACAGUCAUUGGAACAGGGUAUCAUCCUAAAAAAAACACAAUGGCACAAAUAAAAUGCAAGGUUUGGCCAACUGUAAAGGCACCUCCAAAGAAACAAGCUUGUCGUAUCCCUAAUCUACCUGCUUGUUUUGUUUCCGACUACGUUGACUUUGGUCAUGUUUCAAUGCAUUCUGAAGUGAGCCAGUUGCUAGUUUUGAAAAACGAGAACGAUGCAUCGUCCAGCGAUGUACCACGCCGCUUUGUGUUUGAAUGGGAUACCAUGCACCCGCUUGUUAUCAACGAAACAAUCGUCUUCUCACCAAAAAGUGGCGAGCUUAAGCCGGGAGAAAAGGCACUAAUUCGUGUUACUGUUGUUGCCAGGGGUGAUGCUGUGGUCGUCGAUCACGAUGUCGCUAUCAUGAUAACGUAUAGUGAUGACUGUAAGGAUACUCCUGGCAACAAUGCAGACUCAAAAAGCGCUAUACCACCUAGGGGACAGCACAUAAUCACAGACCCCUCUUUAAAUCGAAAUAGAGACACAAAAACGCGAAUGUCGAUCAUUCAUCGCUCAACGGCCACACAAAAAGCGGUGAUUGACAAGCAUGAAAAGUUGCCGGCAUUAGAAAGAAGUAAAAAUCCCUCAAUUACUCGUUUACCGUUGUCAAAGACCCAGCUAUUUAAUUCCCGUCAAACGCUGAUUCAACCAUCUCGUAACGUGUUCCCACCGUCGAGCAAUGAUAUUAAUCAUUUGGAUAUGAUCCCUGUUACAAAUCCCACUCGUCUUUUUGUCCGGAUAUUUGCGCACAUUCUCCCAGAGAAUGUGAUGGAGAGAAUCUAUCCCCGUAACGAGCUAAAUAAAAUGCCUCUGCCGACCACGAAGCAGAUUCCGCAUGUAGUUUCGGCACCUGAUCCAGCUGUCCGAGACGUAGCUAUUCCUUCAUUUUCAAAUACCAGGGCAACAAGCAAGAAGUUUGCUGCGUCAGCUGCGCUUUCAAAUAGUGAGAGUUGUUCAAAAAUCUGCGCAGAGGCGACCAAUGAAGCUGAUCCUGGUGUUUUCGCAUGCACGGAUGAAGCGGCCGCUGCUGAAUGCCAAGAUGUUUUGUAUGAUGUCAUGGAAACACUGGCGAUGGAUGUGUUGACAUCUAGCACGAUCCAAGAUGCCCUGAAAGAGCAGCUCGUGCCACUACCUCGCUCCGACUGUGCCCUUCUACACGCUACUUUUUUAGAAGGAGCUCAAUCCACUUUGCCUCCGGAAUCUUUGUACCACAGCACACGCCAAGAUAUUGACUGUCAGGCGAUUGUGGCGAAUUUGAUGGAAAAUACAGUAUUUAAUACACUUCAAGAGCUUUUCUAUGGGGAUCUUGAGCAAGAGCUGCUCUGUGUGCCUCGUUCAAGUCUGUUUCCGGAAGUUGUCGGUUCUUCUGUUUCCAAAAUCAACAAGGACAGUGGCAAAGACAGCCAACCAGUCAUAACUUAA